UCAACCAAGUUGGAUGCUUUCGGCAUUGGGGGGGCUGUUGCUUACAUUCCUCUGACAGUUCUGGCAGUUCCUGCUUCAAUUCUCACAGUUGGAGGUGGCUACCUUUUCGGGCCACCGAUUGGUUUUGUUGCAGACUCAGUUGGUGCCACGCUCGGUGCAGGAGCAGCAUUUCUUCUCGGCCGUACAAUUGGAAAACCUUUUGCUGUCUCUAAAUUGAAGGAUUACUCUCAAUUCCAAUCAGUAGCACUCGCGAUCGAGAACUCGGGUUUCAAGAUCUGCUUGCUGCUUCGGCUUGCUCCUCUUGUCCCGUUCAACAUGCUGAACUACCUCUUAUCCGUGACACCGAUUCCGCUGGGAAAAUAUUUGCUUUCUUCCUGGUUAGGGAUGAUGCCGAUAACGCUCGCUUUAGUGUAUGUUGGAACAACUCUGAAGGAUCUUUCCGAUGUGACUCACGGGUGGAGCGAAUUUUCUGAGUCAUUGGUGAUAUUAAUGAUAUGUGUCACGAAAGUGGCAAAAGACGCCCUCGGGAAAGCCUUAGCAGAGCACGAGGAAACUAACGGCGUUGCGGCUGGCGUUCCGGAAGAUCUGAACCAGCCUCUCUUAUUCAAGACAGAUCCUCCCCCCAAACAGGCGCCUUCCUCCUCAAGAAACUCAUAACCGUUAACAGUUGCUCUGAUUCUUGUCACUGUACAUGUAGAUUUCACAUGUACUCAGGAAUAGGUCAUACAUGUAUAUUUAACAUUUUCUCGGAUGGAUUUCGGAUUUCUAUAGUCUGUAACAUCACAAUCUUCUUUUUCAAAACUGUAAACCAGUUUGAAGAAAGAAAA